AUGGUCAAGUUUGUAGUCACAGGAACCACCGGCGGACUUGGGUCUCACGUCUUCAAGCACCUCCUUAAGCUCGUCCCAGCCUCCGACCUCAUCGUCUCCUUCUACAACCCCGCCGGGCCGUCCCCCGCCGCGCUCGCCUCCGGCGCGACGUUUCGCCACGGCGACUUCGCCGCCCCCGCCACGCUCGACGCCGCCUUCGCCGGCGCGGACGCCCUCCUCCUCGUCUCCUACCCGUCCAUCGCGCACGCGGUCCGCGUCGAGCGCCACCGCGCCGCGAUCGACGCCGCGGUCCGCGUCCGCACCGUGAAGCGGAUCUACUACACCUCGCUCGCGUUCGCCGGCGACAGCGCCGCGGCGGUCAUGCGCGCGCACAGCGAGACGGAGGCGCACCUCAAGCGCUGCGGCGUCCCGUGGACGAUCGUCAAGGAGGGCAUAUACAGCGAGAGCUUUCCGCUGUACUUUGGCCUGUGGGACGCCGCCGCCGCCGCCGCCGCGUCCGUGGACGCGGGCGCGGUCGAGGAGGUCGUCGUCCCGCACAGCGAUGGGGGGAUCGCGUGGGCGAGCAGGGAGGAUCUCGGGGAAGGGACGGCGCGGGUCAUGGGAGGGUACGAGAACGAGACGAUACUGCUGUCGGGAUCGCGCGCGAUCACGCUGUCCGAGAUCGCGGAGAAGGCCUCCGCGCUGCUCGGGCGCACAAUCAAGCUCAGGGUCGUCUCGGAGGACGAGUACGUGCGACGGAAUAUUGGGAAGGGGGGGCCGCGCGGCGAGGAGGAGUUCUUGCGGAGGUGGGCGACGACGUACGUCGCGAUGGCGAAGGGGGAGCUGGCUGUCGUGGACCCGCUGCUGCAGAAGGUGCUGGGCAGAGACUUGAAGAGAUUCGAUGAGACGUUGAAGGAGACGUUGUUCAAGGAGGCAUCGAGUGAGGUCAUGACACAGUAUGCAAAAUAG